GGUUCCUUUGCUAUCGUAGGGUAGAUGCCCGACGGUAAAGCUUUGGGGAAUAUUAAUCAAGGCAGUUGCGCCUGUUCUUUUGAAAUGUAGAGGUGAAGAGAAAGCGAGUUAGUAUUGAACUUGAUUCCCAAACUUUCCAUCCUCUGCAGUCUUGCUUGAAACCCCCUUUCUCUCCCCUCCAUCACCAACUUCAAUAUCAAUCAAUCAAUUACAAACCCAGCCCACCAUCAUGUCCUCCUCCCAGGAAAAACCCCUCAAAUCCUACCGUGGCAACUGCCACUGCGGCGCCUUCAUCUUUACCCUCCUCGUUCCGGAAAUCACCACUGUUAUGUACUGCAACUGCUCCAACUGCCGCAAAAAGGGCUACCUCUGGUUGAUUCCCGACACGACCAAAGGCCACAAGUUUGAAGUGGUCAAGGACGAGGGAAAACUGACCGAAUAUGUGGCGGGCCCGAAGGGAACGAAGUACAAGUUCUGUAAGGUGUGCGGGACGGGAGUUUGUGCUAUCUAUAAGAAGGAGCAGGAGGAGUCUGGGAAGGAAGGGCAGGGGGUAUUGGUGAAUGUGAGGGCGCUGCAGGAGUUGAAGAUCUGGGAUUUGGAGGUUAAGGAAUUCGACGGCAAAAGCAUCCCGCCCCCAUACCAACCCGCCCCCUUUGACGGUCCCGAACCCACGGCCCAAGUCGAAAACGGCGUCGUCUACCAUGGCUCUUGCCAUUGCGGCGCCGUGAAAGUGGCCGUCAAGACUAAAGGGCCGCUGGACAAGACGUACAAGGAGAGGGUUAUUGACUGCAAUUGUAGUGUUUGCCAGCGGGGCGGCUACAUCUGGAUCUACCCCUCCUCCUCCCAGCAACUCUCCUUCACUCCGCAAUCCCGGGCGAACCUAACCUCGUACGCCUGCAUCUCCAAGCUUAUGUGCAAGACCUUUUGCAAGACGUGCGGCGUGCACCUAACCAACGAGUUUAACUCGGCCGCGACCGAGGAAGAGAUCGGGGCCGCCAUGAAAGGAGAGAAUGGGGACAUUGUGAUGAGUUGGAUCAAGAGUGUUUUUCCGAUUAAUAUCAGGUGCUUGGACCGGUGCCCUGGGGAUGAUAAUUGGGAAUUUGAUAAGUGUGUGAGGGAGUUGAAGGUGGAGAAGGGAGAUGGAUGGGGGAAGAUUCAGCCGGGGUAUGUGAAUCCGUAAAAGGUUAUGGAUGUUCUCAUGGUAGACUGUAUGUUUCGUAGAUGACGAUUAACUCUUCAUGAGGAUCUACUGAGACCUUUGACUUUGGGUGUCGAGUUUGGAGCGGAAACUCUGAACCCUUGAAUAGGUAGGCCAGAAGGAGGAAGAUUAUGCUGAAAAGAAACAUGCGAACAACUUCUUGCUACACUCCUCCGAAACCAAACAACGUACCUGCCAAAAGACAAGUAGUAAAAACGGACUGGAUCAUGACAACCCAGCAAGCUGAACAAUCUUGGACGUCACCACCAACUUUGUCGAGAUUUAUGACAGAUUGCCUAGAUAUUUCGUUCCUGAAAAGGGGGUAAUCUGUC